CAGGAACAACGACACAGUCACGGGAACGCUCUGGAGUCAAGAUGGACUUUUUCCCAGAGUUCUCCAUCCAGACCUGGACUUUAAUAGCGACUGGCUUCACUCUCAUUUUGAUAUAUGGAUAUGCGCCUUAUGGCCUCUUCAAGAAGCUCGGGAUUCGUGGACCCAGGCCUUUACCUUUUAUUGGUACGCUGUUGGAGUACAGAGAGGGUUUUCACCAUGUUGACACAAAAUGCUACCAGAAGUAUGGGAAGGUGUGGGGGAUGUAUGACGGCAGGCAGCCUGUUCUGGCUAUAAUGGACACAGACAUGAUCAAAACAAUCCUGGUAAAGGAGUGCUAUUCAGUUUUCACAAACAGACGGGAUUUGGCGGUGAAUGGACCGUUACGUGACGCUGUGUCGAUUGUCAAAGAUGAGGAAUGGAAGAGGAUUCGCAGCAUACUUUCUCCGUCAUUCACCAGCGGACGACUGAAGGAGAUGUAUCCAAUAAUGCAGAAACACUCAAGCAAUCUGAUAGAGAAUCUGCGCAAGAAAGUAGAGAACGACGAAGUCAUUCACACUAAAGAAUCAUUUGGUUCAUACAUUUUGGAUGCUGUGACCAGCACUGCUUUCAGUGUAGACGUCGACUCCAUCAACCACCCCUCCGAUCCUUUUGUCACAAACGUCAAAAAACUGACCAAGGUCAACCUGCUGAACCCUCUGCUCGUGCUCCUGGCUCUGUUUCCAUUCUUGGAGCCGCUUUUUCUGAAAAUGGAUGUCUCAAUCUUCCCUCAUGAAGUGCUAAAUUUCUUCUUCAACUUUCUGAAGAAGAUCAAGGCGGAAAGGCAAAAGAAGGAACGCAAAAAUCGAGUGGACUUCAUGCAGUUGAUGGUUGAAGCCCAAAUCUCAGACGAAAACACAGAAGGAAAGGAUUCCAAAAAAGGACUGACUGAUCACGAGAUUCUCUCCCAGGCCACAAUCUUCAUCUUUGCUGGUUAUGAAACCAGCAGCAGCACACUGUGCUUUUUGGCCUACUGCCUAGCAACCAAUCCUCACAUCCAAAAGACCCUGCAAGAAGAGAUCGAUGAAACCUUCCCAGAAAAGGCUCCAGCAACAUAUGAUGCCCUGAUGCAGAUGGAGUACCUGGACAUGGUGUUGAAUGAAACAAUGAGGCUUUACCCUAUCGGCAGUCGUUUGGAGAGAAUGUCAAAAGCCUCGGUUGAGAUUAAUGGCGUGACCAUCCCUAAGGGAACCGCUGUCGCGAUACCAGUUUACGCUCUCCAGAGGGACCCUGCUUUGUGGCCCGAGCCUGAAGUCUUCAAACCUGAAAGGUUCAGUAAAGAGAACAAAGACAACAUAGAUCCUUAUUCCUUUCUACCCUUUGGAGCGGGGCCGAGAAACUGCAUUGGCAUGCGGUUUGCUGUCUUGAUGAUGAAGCUGGCAGUAGUGGAGGUCCUUCAGAACUUCAGCUUUGUCACCUGCAAGGAGACAGAUAUUCCACUGGAGUUGAGCAACGAUAUAUUUACAUCCCCCAAGAACCCAAUCAAGCUGAGGCUUGUGCCAAGAACACAAGAAGUUCCCAAAAGUAAUCACUGAAUAAGUGGAGUCUGGCUUAUGUGACGUUCUGUCACUCACAGCCAAACCACAGUCACCACUGUAAACUUUCAGUGCCUCAUUUAGGGAAAAGUGUGCAGUUUUGAAUGUAAAAAGAAGAUCACCCACUAUGAUUCUCUAUUUUAGUGCAGUGUCUGUUUUCAUCAGUUAAGUAUGCAACAGUCUCAUUCACUGUGCAACUUCAGUGAGGAAUUUUAAAUGGAUAAACUCAUGUUGUAAAGUUUAAAUCAAUUAAUUAAAUUACUGAAGCAAGCUUAUGCUUUUGUUGGAAAUAUUUCACUCCUCACCCAAUUGCAGCAUUAGAAGCACACUGACAUACAGCUGAUUUGCUCUUUUUGUUGAACUUCAUUUGGCUAAAAAUCUUUACAAUACAAUCAUUUAUCUUGAGGCACAGUUUGGACAGUUUAAUCACUGUUUGUGUUUUGCUUCUUGUUGCAACGUCUCAAGCUGGGAGAGUCUCACUGACUUUGUAUUUUGUCUGUCUUAUUAAAAAUUCACAUAUUUAAUUACA